GCUACAUUUCCAAACCGGAAAUAACCGUUGCCACAGUAACUAAGACGCUCAAUAAUUUGACUGUAAGUUGAAGUGACGGUAAGUCUGGUGUAGGAUAGUAGUAAAUAUUAGCAUAAUGUCUGAUAAAGAAGAGGCGGAUAUUCAUACUAACGAAGGAGGGGCAAAUGAGGAUGAUGGAGAUGAAGAUGACGAGGAUCUGGAAGGUGAUGAAGAAGAACACAUUGAAGAAGAAGUAAGUUUGUAAAUUGAUAAUUGUCGAAUAGUUUCAUCCGAAUAGUUUCAUCCGAUUCAAGAUUCACUUAUAUUUUAUAACAACAAAAUGUAUAGAUAAAUUUUUAUCUCAAAUACACUCUUAGAAAUAAGUUUUAAUCACAAAUCACUUGAUAAUAUGUCAUUAAAUUAUAGUAUGUACAACAAAAAUAAUGAACAUGUAAAUGUAAUAGAAAUAUGUUUAAGUAAGUAGGCAUAGGAUAUUGACAAUUAUUGAACAUUAACUUAAAAGUUUAAGUUAUGAUUUAAAAAAAUAAUAAUAUUUUUAACAAUGUGCCUCCAUUGAUCUGACUUAUUGCAAUGUUGUGAUACUUUCCUUGCAAGAUGUACAUAAUUAAUUGCUGGAUAACAAAAUGAUGAAAAGUUAUACAUCUAAUUUCAAGCUUCUUCUUUGCUUAAUUUGCUCCUGGAUGUACAUGUUCAGCUCAUUCUAUUUCUUGACAUUUCUCUCUCUCUCCAUUGACAAGCGUCUUGCUUGAGUUAAUUUUAGUGUUUCACUUUGUACUUGUUUAUUUUUUUUUUAAUGUUGAUUUUAAAAUGUAGAUUAACAUUUUUGUUUCCAGAAAAUUCCACCAAAUCCAUUGUCAGCAGAAUUAGUGGCUGAGAAUUUAUCAUUACUUUGUAAAACUGGAGAUGGCUUAUCUCAUGCCUAUGUACAGUUAAAUAUUAGUGAAAGGUAAAUCUAAUUACUAAUAUUACUAAUAACUACUAAACAAUUCAGUUAUUCUGUUGUUUUUGUUUUUUUUGUUCUUUUGGCAUUUCAAAAAUUAGGAAACUUUAAAUAGCUAGAUUUUAAAGAUAAUUACAAAGCAAUAUUUUCUCAGAAAGAAGCUGAGUUUUCAUCAUCUAAUUUUUUUUAUUCUACAGAGACCUCACAGAUAUUGAAAUCCUGCAGACAUUUAUUCAUCUGCGAUAUGUUGAUGUCAGCAAAAAUUUACUGAAAGAUAUAUCUCCAUUGUAUGCUCUGACUCAUUUGCUGACAUUGAAAGCAGAUGAUAAUCUUCUCACAUCAGCCAAGCUUGAUGAAAUGCCAUUUUUACAGGUAAACUCAAAAAUAUAUAUCAUACAUAUGUGAAAAUAAUAAUUAACUGUUGAAAUUAUAAAAUGCACAAAAAUUUUCAUUUUCCUAAGGAUGGAAAAUUGACACAAUAAAAUAUUAUUACUAUUUUUUUUGUUCUGAAAAUAAUAAUUUCAUAUACUGAUUGGAAAAAUGUUCCAGGUAAGCCUUGUACCUGCUCUGUGGGAUAAAAAUCUGAUUAAAGAUGUUCUUUAAACUUAAUAUAAGUUUUGUGCCAGAAUACUGCAGAAAAAUGCCACAUAACCUCAACAUUGAUCACACAAGCCUUUAUAUUAAUAUACUAGAGAAAACUAGUCUUUUCAGCAUCCUGGGACCUCUAAAUCUACACCCUCCCCCACCCAACCCAGACCACAAGGCGAAAGCAUAAAGAAUUUCCCAUGGUCAUAUUCAUCCCCUCAUACCAGGGAAGCCAUUGUUUUAGCUCUGCUUAUAAUUUUCAUUGCUUUGAUGUAGUAACUCCCACAUUUUCUAAGGGCAAAGCUAAGGAUAAGAUCUACUAAAGCAUUAGCAAAUAAAUGAUUAAAUAGAAUAUUUAUUAUUGAAAAUGUAUAAAGUGAAAUCAUAAUCAUUUGCAUUUUUUCUCCCACAGGUAGCUACAUUUAGUCAUAAUAAAAUAAAUACAACAGAGGGAAUCAAUCAUCCUAUGUUGGAACACAUCAAUCUCAACUGUAAGUCAAUCCCUGUUUUCCUAAAGUUAAAUAAUUUUUUGAAGAUCAGAGGACAUGUGGGGAUUAAAUAUGCAAACAACUUUUUUUUUAUACAACCAAUUGUUCAAAAUAACAUUAACUAUUUCUUUCAUGACAUUGUGAUUCAAAAUUAUGAUUCUGUUUGAUAUUCACUGUGUAAACAAAAUUGUGAGCAGUUGUCAUUACUGACCUUAAGUCACUAGACAACCUUUCACUUUUGGAUAUGGCUCUCUCCUUUGUCAUAUUCUGAGUAUUAUUCUUAAUGUGGAGGAAGAAUCACAACACGUGCUGUUCAGCAUAAACCAUUGUUAUAAUUAAAUUAUUUACCACACCGGCUGUUACUGUUAACUUCUCAAAACACAAAAUUAAAUUUCCUAUUAUUAAAUUAUAGGAAAUUUUAAUCCCCAGAAACCAUCAAAUACAAAACUGUUUGUCGCACACUGCUGGAAGUAGAAAAGGCUUUUCAGUGAAUAAUUAUAUAAAUAAACUGAAAGCAAACUUUAUCAUUUAAUUUAAUGUAAUGAUUUCUUUUUAUUUAAUUCUCUGAUCCUAGAUAACAACAUACGUCAGGUGACAGGUCUAGACGGCACCAAACUUUCCAGAUUACACACAUUAGAACUUAGGAGCAAUAAACUGGAGACAUUGGAAGGAAUAAAUUUGCCUAAUGUCAAAAACUUGUUUGUUGUGAGUAAACCUUCAUUGGCCUCACCACCUCCUUGCAGCCACUCAUAAAGCAUUCUGGCUAAGAAAGGUUAUCUUAAAAUCAAAAUUCAUUUAAAUAUGAGCCCUCUAUUCCAUCCUGUGUGAAGUUAAAAGCCAUACAAUUCUCACGUGGUAGAGGUUUAUUUUAAGACAGAACUUAGAAUAUCAUGCCAGAAAGCCUUUUUUGUGGGGGGACAACGUUUUUUUUUUUAAUACUACAUUUGUCUCUUCCUGAGUGAGAUUGUUUUUCACAAUCAAAUUUUCACUUCUAUUUAACAUAACUAUAACAUCCUUUCACUAUUCUUUUCUCUCAUCAACAUUUGUUUCAACCAAGAUGCAUUUUGAAUAAUACUGAACAAGUAGUUUUUCAUUUUAUGAGCACAGCUAUAUAAAUAUUUUCUAGGCUGCAAACUUGCUGAAGAAGAUUGAAGGAAUGUCACGUCUUCCUGGCCUCAACACAAUACACUUACGUGACAACCAGAUUAACAGCCUGGAUGGCUUUUCAGAAACUCAAAAAAAUUUGCAGUAUAUAAACUUGCGGUGGGUCUUUGGAAAUCCUUUGAUCCAACAUAUUUUACUUAAAAAAAUUUCAACCUGUUGGUCAUGUAUGUUCUUCCUUAAAAUAAAAAAAUUUCAUUAAAAGAAAAUAUAUACAUAUACUUUCAAUUAACUAAUUCUCUUUUUUGUUUUUUAAAAUCAUCAGAGGGAACAUGGUAGGUUCCUUACGAGAAACUUCCAAGUUGAGAAUAUUGCCAUUGAUCAGGGCUUUAGUCCUCUCAGGUAAUUCCAGACUUUUAUAUGCUUGCUUACUUCUUUUCUUAUCUAACAAACUAUUAAACACCAUUAUAAUUGGUAUCAUUAAAAUUUGGGAGUUAAUUUAAAAAAAACUCAAGCUUUGGUUUUCUCUUGAACUUUACAAUAAUUUGGAUUGUUCAUAGAAAAAAAAAUAAUUUUAUUGUUAGAAAACCCAUGUGCAGAAGAAGAUGAUUAUAGACUGGAGACUCUGAUUGCCAUCCGUACGCUGGAGAGAUUGGACAAGGAUGAGUACACCCCUGAGGAAAGGUCAGAGGCUGAAGAAAUCUCAGUGCAGCGGCGCAAUGAGGAGGAAGAAAAAGCUGUAAGUGACCAAAUGAUAAUAAAUUUUUUUAGUUUAUUUAUCAUGGACUUAUGCAGAGAACUGAAACUGCAGACAGCACCAACAGAAAUUGACAAUUGUUUGAAGUGGCGUGAAAAAAAUCACAUGACUGGGUAGAUUCAUCAAUAUUUUUUUGUGUGUAAAGGUGACUUGAAAUAAGACACCUGAAUGAAAUAUUUUAAAAUCUAUGCUAUGGGACCAAUCCCCCUCCCCUCACUACCCAUUAACACACCAAUAAUUUGAUGUUUUUCCUAAAUAUAAAAGGAGAAUCAAAUGAGCAUAACAUAAAUUUAUUUUAAAAAUUAACAAGAUAAGUAAAAAAAAAAAUUGUUUUUAUGACAGAUUUUGGAAGCUCAAAUUAUGGAAGAAAUAGAAAUGACAGAGAAGAACUUGAAAGAGAGCUAUGAAGAUGCUGAAGAUUAUGAGGUUUAAUGAAUUGCUGUUAAAAAAUUGAAAUUUUUGUUUCUUUGCAUUUUAUGCACUUGAUUGUUCUAGUAUUUUUAGAUUAACGUUUAUUCUGUUGAAUAUUUUUGCAAAUGUUGUACAGCCAUUAUUUUCUCUCCUCUGUUAAAGUUACAUUUAAGAUUAAAGAAUACAUUUUACAUUUGCAUGUUUUUCAGGAAGGUCUCAUUACCAAGGAUUAACAAAUGGAAAUAUAAUCUUAAAAAAAAAAAAAAAAGAGAAACUGACAGCAUAGAAUAAGGGACUUAUGCAGUUGUAAUUUAGACACCCUAUGUUAUUUUUUCUCCUCUGUUAAAGUUACAUUUAAGAUUAAAGAAUACAUUUUACAUUUGAAUGUUUUUCAGGAAGGUCUCAAUAACAAGGAAUAACAAAUGGAAAUAUAAUCUUAAAAAAAAAAAAAAAAGAGAAACUGACAGCAUAGAAUAAGGGACUUAUGCAGUUGUAAUUUAGACACCCUAUGAAGUUAUCUUUCUAAGACUUUGCAGAUGUCUUUGUAUUGUUUGUUAGAGCUGAAAGACUAACUCUUUUACAAUAUAUUUAUUAUGAAUGGUACAGAUAACGUUUAACGUUUAUAAAAAAGUUAAUGACAAUGGUAUGUUUAAUUUAAACCUGAAAAGGAGAAAAAAUUUAUACUAAUAAAUGACUCCUACUCCUACUCUCAAUGUUAAUAUGCCAGCAAGAUUGAAAAUGUUAGCGACAGACCAGGUAAUACAAUUAAUUUUUUAAAUUAUUAUUAUUAUUUGUUUCCAUUAAUAAAUUGAACUCUUGUUUCUCAGGAUGAAUAUGAAGAAGAAGGCACUGUAGCAACUGAGCAGUCAGAAGGUGGUUUCUGAAAAGACUUAGGAGUUAACAAUGGUAAACCAUAUCCCAGUGCGGAAAAACAAACUAAGAUGGAACCCAAGGUGAAAACAAACAGAAAAAAAAAAGAGACUUCAUAUGUAAACUUGUAAAAUGUUAAAAAAGUACAAGAUGAAGGCACUGGUUUGGAGAUAGUUAUCUUCCUAUACGUCUAGUUGACUUGUUUUGUUAAUAUUCUACAUAAAACGAAUUGGAGAGAACGUUGUAUGAAUGUGAAUAUGCUGAAUAAAUCUGGAAAUGUUAGAAAGAGAUGAGGAAUAUUUCCCUCUAUGAUGUAAUACAUUCUAUAUUAUCUGUAAUUAGAGACCAGAUGUGGCUUUCCUUGAAAAUGGUUUUAUCUGAUUACCUGUAAGCAUAAAAUUCAGUGUUAUUGCCUUGCUAUUAAUCAUGGAUGUAAAUAUACUUUGUUUCUCCAAACUGAAUAAAUUUAAAUCAUUGAAUAAUUUUUAAUAAACAUGAAAAAGUUUCUACUUCUAACAAAAAAAUUAAGUUUUAAAAUAUUUUUAAAGUUAAAACUUUUGUUUCAAUAAACAUGAAAAGUGGUUAAUUCAGUUGUUUUUUAUCGACAGAAAAACGCAAAUGUUGAUUGAUGAACCUCAAUUUCUUUUUGGCUUCUGAUUUGAUAAUAGAUAUAACUUCUUAAUUUUUAUAAUUUAACAACUAGAACAUCAAGGAUCGAUCUAAUUUGAUGAAUUUGGAAUCCUGUUCAGACUUGGCUAUAUAUAAAAAAUUUCACAAACCACAGAUAUAUAUAAUACUGUACCCAGACCAAACCCAUAUACACACAUGCCCCAUAGAAAGUUGGUAAACAAAAUCUUCCUACACUUACACACAGAACAGGAUGAAAGCAUCAAAGUAGCAUUAUGCAAAACUUGUGUUUGUCAAGUGUUACCUUUAAUGGUUGACCACAAUAAAAACAAUUUAAAUUACACUGUGUUCUGAGAAGUGCCAUGAU